UGCACGGCGACCAUAUUGUUAACUUUUGCGACAGUCGGACCUCGAUAUAUCUGAACGUGUAACUAUAGACUAGCAACGCAGGGUGGGGUCUUCAACACUACCUACAUACAUACAGUAGCACCAAGCAGCAACCCGUCCCCGGUUUUUCCGAAGCUCUGUACACCCACAGCACUAUCAAGCUCUCGCGCACAUGACAUAACUCAUGCAUUGCGACUUUAUCCUCUGGACAUGACCAUGACGUCCUGCAAUCUCCCCAUGCGCUUCGCCUGAACUCCAACGGAACGUGGCAAUCAACAGUCCUUGGGCACUGGGCUUCCCCGACGAUAGAUAGUCUUUGCACGAUCAUAUCAUCAAUCUCGUACAUCAAGUACCGUAAGACCAACUAAGGUCUGCGUGGUACUCGUUACCACUGAAUCACGUUGCGCUGCAUUAAUCAUGGCUCAGCCCAGAAAAUACCGUCUACCGCCUACGGCACUAAUUCCGAACUCUCCCAACCCACUUCUCUAUUAUUCCGGCCUUUUCUCAGAGGAGGUACAGAAGUCUCCAAACACAGCAGCAACGACUUGCUUUGACAUCUUUGAGGAGAACGGGUGGAGCACGCAGUGGAUCUUUCGCUAUGGUAAAGCGCAGACAUCACACUACCACUCUGCGGUGCACGAAUGCAUGGUGGUCCUGACAGGCUCUGCUCACAUCCGGUUCGGUGUGGCUGAUACAGUAGAUGAUCUCGAGGAGAGCACUUAUGGCAGCGGACGGGAGCAGGGUGGUGUUGAGGUCGAGGCUAAGGCCGGUGAUGUAUUUGUGAUACCGGCUGGAGUAGCGCACAAGACGUUUGACUCAAAGCCGGAAGCCGAGUUCAAAUUGUUGACGCCUGGUCAGGGACAUAGUAUUGAGGCUGAUGAUAGGCGUAGUACACUGGCUAAGCUCGAACUGACCGGGUUCACGAUGAUGGGAGCGUAUCCAAUUGACAGCCGAGACUGGGACUUCGCCAAAGGUGGUGAGGAUGUCGGUAGGUUUGAAAAGGUUUGGGCAACGAGUAAGCCGCAUAAGGAUCCCGUUCUUGGUGAUGCCGAGAAUGGCCUCAUUGGAACUUGGUCAUGAUCGUAUCUUAUCAGCCAUUGCUGGCGAAUUAAUCCAAAAGAAAUAUUUAUUGAUUUCGCAGGAAUACUAAAAUUAAUAUAGAAACUGAACAUCUAAAA